GUGAAUUGGAAUGAUUUGGGUCAGCCAAUUGAGCCUUAUGGGUCGAUGUUUGUCAGCACUAUUGGGAAUGUAGUUCGUGAGAAUAUUCCAAUUACAAUUGAUGAUUGGAGAAACAAGGACUUAGACGUAUCCAAGGAUCUCAUUUGGAAUAUUUUACUGGAGUCUUUUAAAAUCGGGGAAGAGCACCGUAGAUUCGUAAUGAAAGAAGCAGGUAAACUUCACAGAAGGUUCAGAUCAGAAUUGACGAGGGACUUUGUGAAAGAUGCAGAAGGAAAUAUAAAUGAACAUCCUCCGUCAUGCUAUGCACGCAUGAUAACUAAAGAGGAAUGGAAAACUUUUGUGGAAAAACGUACUGGCGUUUCAUUCCAGGAAAUAAGCAAUCAAAAUCGACAAAGAGCGUCAAAUCCAAUGUAUCCAUAUAGAGCUUCACGUAUGGGAUAUGCACGACUUGAGCAAAAAAUGAUAAAAGAGUCUGCAUUGGAGGUUAAACGUCUUCCGUGUCACAAGGUGUGGAAAGCUGCUCGUGUCAACAAAGACGGAAUUAUUGAAAAUGAAAAUGUCCAAAAAGUUUGGAACGAAUGU